AUGUCAAGAUAUUUACUGCAAUCUAGAGCGGACAGUACAGUUACAAAAUAUAAAAACUCAUACAAUCAGUUCCAGCGUUAUUGUCAGGAAAACGACUUUAUUUCCAUGCCAGCCGAAUCUAUAUGUGUAGCGAUGUAUCUGACUCACCUACUUGACACGGGAAAAUCAGACAAUGUAGUUACAGCAGCAUUAUAUGGUAUAAAGUGGGCGCACAAUUUAAAUGACUGUAAUGACCCUACAGAAAGUAAACUAGUGAAAACUUUACAUGACACUGCAAAACGAAUUGCUUCAAAGCCAGUUAACAAGAAGGAUAUAGUUAGCAGCGAAAUGUUACAAACUUUAUGUAAAAUUUUUGCUGAAAGUUCAGAUGUUGUAGAUGUAAGAGAUCUUGGUAUGAUAAUGUUAGGUUAUUCAGGGUUUUUAAGGUUUAAUGAAAUCAGUAAUUUACACUGCAAUGAUAUAGAAUUCAAAACAGAUCACUUAGUCUUAAAAAUAAGAAAAAGUAAAACGGAUAUAUAUAGACAAGGAAAGGAAGUCUUAAUUUCAAAAGGUUCAUCAGUAGCUUGUCCGUAUUCACUUUUAAAAAGGUACAUGCUUAUCUCGGGUUUAGAAAAUAAUACAGAGGAUUUUUUGUUUAAACCCGCCUUUAGAUCAAAAGGCAAAGCAUCACUUAUAAAGAAAAACAAGAAAUUGAGUUAUACACGAGCAAAAGAAUGUAUAGUCAAGAAGCUUAGAGUUGUCGCUCCUGAUCUUAAGUUAGGAACACAUACUUUAAGGGCUAGUGGAGCAACAGCAGCCGCAAACACACCCGGGGUGAAUGACAGAUGUUUAAAGCGUCACGGUCGUUGGAAAACGGACCAAGCCAAAGAUGGCUAUGUUGACGAUUCUUUAGAAAAGAGGCUGUUUAUUACAAAAUCUUUAAAUCUAUAA